ACUCACACAAAGCUCUCUCACACUUAGAUGAGGAAGAAUAGGCAAGAGUGGGGCGUGGGCGGGGCUAGCGCAUGCGCAUCGGGGGUAGGAGAACACUUUAGGAUCCAGAGCAAGGACCACAGCCUCCUGUACCUCCACAGCCUCACUUUUGCUGCCCCCUUCCCAGGUCCCAGCCCUGUCCCAUUUUCAGGACAUCCUGAGUCUCAGCCGACCACCACCAUGUUCAAGUCGUCCAAGGAAUCAGACCGUAGGAAGUCUUAUCUCUUCAUGUCUGUGGCCCAGAGAUUGGGACAACUGUAUUUGGACAAGCUGCUGCCGCUGGAGGAAGCAUACCACUUUGACAGGUUCCACUCCCCCUCGCUCUUGGAGGCCGACUUUGAUAGCAAGCCCAUGGUACUUCUAAUGGGCCAGUACAGCACGGGCAAGACGACCUUUGUCAGUUACCUCCUCGAGCAGGAAUUCCCGUGCAUGCGCAUUGGCCCCGAGCCCACCACUGAUGGCUUCAUUGUCCUCAUGCAUGGCGAGGUUGAGAACGUGUUGCCGGGCAACGUGGCUGUGGUGGACAGACGCUUUCCCUUCCGCAACCUCACCAACUUCGGCAAUGCCUUCCUCAACCGUUUCGUGUGUGUCCAGCUCCCCAACGAGGUCCUGGAAAGUAUCAGCAUCAUUGACACCCCAGGAAUCCUUGCCGGAGAGAAACAACGGGUCAGCAGAGGUUAUGAUUUCACAGGGGUCCUUCAGUGGUUUGCUGAACGAGUGGACCUUAUCAUCAUGCUCUUUGAUGCCCAUAAACUGGACAUCUCAGAUGAGCUCGCAGAAGCCAUCCGGUCUCUCAAGAACUAUGAAGACAAAAUACGAGUGGUGUUGAACAAGGCUGACCAAAUAGGAACUCAGCAGCUAAUGAGGGUCUAUGGGGCCCUCAUGUGGUCCCUGGGGAAGAUAGUUACCGCCCCUGAAGUGAUGAGGGUAUAUAUAGGAUCCUUCUGGUCUAAGCCCUUUGUGAAUGAUGACAACAGCAAGCUCUUUGAAGCAGAGGCUAUGGAUCUCUUUAAGGAUAUUCAGAAGUUGCCCCAUUAUACCACUAUUAGAAAAAUGAAUGAUUUGAUUAAGCGAGCCAGACUGGCUAUGGUCCACGGCUAUAUCAUCAGCACCCUCAAGAAAGAGAUGCCCAUGUUUGGUAAGGAAAGCAAAAAAAAGGAGCUGCUCAAUAACUUGCAAAAUGUGUACCAAAAAAUUGAACGAGAAUAUCGUGUUUCUCCUGGAGAUUUCCCAAGCAUCCCAAAGAUGCAAGAACUGCUUCAGGGUCAGGAUUUCUCCAAGUUUCAGAACUUGAAGCCCAAGCUCUUUGAAAACCUGGAACAGAUGCUCUCCAAAGAUAUAGCUCGAUUGAUGUUUAUGAUAAAAGAAGAAGAGGCUGCUGCUGCUGCUGCUGCUGCUGCUGCUGCUGCCCAAGCUGCUGCCAUUGUGGAGGAGACCUCAGGGGCUCUGGUUAUGCCUACCGUGACACUAUGAAUGGGCCUUUGCUACAAUCAUCACCUCACAUCUUAUCCCAAGAAAAGUUCCACAUGGAUAGAGGACUAGACAUAAAAGGCCACAAGAUUAAAACAAAAGCAUGGAAUGGUUCUAUGAAAGAAAAAAUUCAUAACUAAAUAGAAGGUGGAGAAGAACCCAGAAGAUAAAAUGGAUACUUUUAAAUACAUAUUUUCCCCACAAUUAAAUCCAAUAACUCUAAAAUUAAAGGGAAAUAAUUACUGGGGAGAACAAUCUUUGCAGCAUAUUUCUCUCAUAAAAUUCUCUUUUCCUAAGAUAUAUAAGGAAUUGAUUCAAAUUCAUAAUGAGCUAUUUCCCAAUAGACUAAAUUAUCCAAAAAUAUGAAUAGGAAGCUUUCCAGAGAAGAAAUAUAGGCUAGUUAUAUGAAAAAUAUGCUCCAAAUGACUGAUAAUUAGAGAAAUUAAAAUUAAAGAUAAGUCUGAGGUUCUGUAUCACAUCCAUCGAAUUUGCAACGAUGAGAAAAAAAGGAAAAUGAUAACUAUUGAUGCACUUUUUGUGGACCGAUGAUGGGAGUAUAAAUAUUCUGGAAAGCAAUUUGUAAUUGUAUGUGCACAAAAAAAAAUCACUUAAAUACCACAUGCAUACCCUCUAACUAUACUGUAUCACUUUUAGGCAUAUACCCAAAAAAGAUAAAAAGAAAAAAAUCCUAUAUUCCUCUGUCCUACUCCCUCCAAAAAAGAAAGAAAAUAAUGGCAUCUCUUUUUGUAAUAGGAAAAAAAAAUGAAAAGAAUUGUAAACUUAGGGGAUUUCCAGCAAUUGAGAAAUUGCUGAAUAAAUUGGAAUACAUGAAUAUGAUAGAAAAGUAUUGUGCUUUAAAAAGUGAGGAAACAUAUUUGAAAGAAAUAUGGAAAGACUUGUGUGCACUGAUGCAAAGUAAAGUAAGCAGAACAAGAAGAAAAACAAUUGCUACUAUAACAUCAGUAUUUCAAAAUUAAUUUUGAAGACAUAAAUUGAUGAAAAGAUGAGAACUAAAUUUAUAAAUAACACUUAAAGACAAAAGACUAAAGACAAAAUAACUUGGAAAACUAUAAGAACUCUCAUCAGUAUAAUGACCAUCUAUGAUUCCAGAGGAUUGAUGAUUAAAGCAUGCUACUUACUACUUAACAAGUGAUUGAUUUCAGGAUA